UGGUAAAAUUUGACUCCUUUUCUCUUCUGCACCUGACAGAGAUGCGAUAAGAGAGCGGACGAUUUAAUUUGCUGAUCGUUUAUGUGGACCGGCUGUGAGCAAAAGUGCGUUCCUUGUUUCGGCAUGAUCUUCAUCCCCAUCGUCACCAUCAGUAGCUGCCGAAAGCAAGACACGCCAAGAGACGCGCUGACAUCUUCACCGAGGUUUGAGCCAAUCAGGAGGUCGGAACCUGACAGUGACGACGAUGAGCAGCCAAGUAGCAGCUGUACAACAGAAGAAGAGAGUGGCCACUGGGUUCAUGUGACGAUGUGCUCUGGACUGACAAUAAUUUCCUCUCCUGCUGUUAAAAUUCCAUGGCUGAUAAAACCUGCACUUUCCACUGCUCUUGUUACCACUGAGCCCAGAGAGGCAGCUCCGGUUUACAGCUAAAUCAAAGGUUCCUGUUCCCUCCAUCAUUAUUUUCCACGCUCCUGUAAGUCACCAUGGAAUGCUUCCUGGCAUCUGCCUUUUUUUUCGUUCUCCAAACGUUUGCUGCCCCACCUCAGACAGUCGUUAGUUUGAACGGAAUAGAUCUUAACAACAAUGAAGAUGCGGCCUUGUCUCCUCCACCGGGGAUGAGCAAAAGACCCCCACAUAGCAUUAUAAUUGGGGUGCGCAAGGGAGGUACAAGAGCCCUGCUGGAAAUGCUCGACAUACACCCCGAGGUCGCUGCUGCUGCAACUGAGGUGCAUUUCUUUGACUGGGACGAGAACUAUUCCAAAGGCUUACAGUGGUACCGUGAGCUGAUGCCCUACUCGUACCCUCACCAGAUAACAGUCGAGAAGACCCCAGGAUACUUCACGUCGACUCUUGCACCCGAACGCAUUUGCGCGAUGAACUCAUCCAUAAAGCUGCUCCUGAUCUUACGCGACCCGGCCGAGCGGGUCAUCUCAGACUACACGCAGGUGUACUUCAACCGGCUGGAGAACCACAAGCCAGUUCAAGCCAUCGAAAACCUUCUAGUGCGAAACGGUGCCCUGAAUACCCGCUACAAGGCCAUUCAGCGGAGCCUCUACGAUAUCCACAUGCACAACUGGCUGCGUCAUUUCCCCCUGAAACAGAUUCAUAUAGUUGAUGGGGAUUUGCUUAUUCAUGACCCCUUGCCAGAACUUCAAAAAGUGGAGCGGUUUCUCAACUUGCCACCCAGGAUAGUCUCUUCCAACUUCUACUUCAACCAGACAAAGGGUUUUUACUGUAUUCGAAGUGACGGUCGGGAGCGAUGUCUGCACGAGUCGAAGGGACGGCCGCACCCUGUGGUCAACAGUACGGUGCUCCAACAACUCCGUUCUUACCUGCAGGAGCACAACAGAACCUUCUUCAGGCUGGUGAAGCGCACAUUCAAUUGGCAAUAAUAAAUCAGUACAGAAAAAGUACUCAAAGGAGGCAGUGUGAGAAGGUUGAAAUGGGGCCUAAAGCACUUUACAGAACUGAUAUUUGAAGCCUCUCAGUUUCUAGCCUUGUCUUCUCUAGUUUCUGCAGACUCGUUAUUAAAUUGUUUUUACACAAUAA